UGGUCUUCUGCCCUGGGUGGGGGGGUCCUUCCUGUCUUUUCUUUUCUCUAUUCUGUAUGAAAUUUGGGUCCCUCUUCCUGUCUGUGGUUGCUCCCUCCCUCCCCACUCACCCAUCUACCUGCCCACUUCCCUCUCGGGGUUAACCUUGCUUCCUCUUAGUGGUUUCCUCCAACCUCAACACCCUCUUCCUUCCUCAGUGGUAGAAGCCAUUAACUCCUUUUCUCCCAUCACUUAAGUCCAUCGACCUCAACAAGCCAAUUGACAAGCGGAUCUAUAAGGGCACCCAGCCCACCUGCCACGACUUCAACCAGUUCACUGCUGCCACGGAGACCAUAUCCCUGCUGGUGGGGUUCUCGGCCGGCCAGGUGCAGUACCUGGACCUCAUCAAGAAGGACACCAGCAAGCUAUUCAAUGAAGAGCGGCUGAUUGACAAGACCAAGGUGACAUACCUGAAGUGGCUGCCUGAGUCGGAGAGCCUGUUUCUGGCAUCGCACGCCAGCGGCCACCUGUACCUGUACAAUGUCAGCCACCCGUGUGCGUCGGCACCCCCCCAGUACAGCCUGCUGAAGCAGGGGGAGGGCUUCGCCGUCUACGCUGCCAAGAGCAAGGCGCCCCGCAACCCGCUGGCCAAGUGGGCGGUGGGCGAGGGGCCCCUCAAUGAGUUUGCCUUCUCGCCCGACGGCCGGCACCUGGCCUGUGUCAGCCAAGACGGCUGCCUGCGCGUCUUUCACUUUGACUCCAUGCUCCUGCGGGGGCUCAUGAAGAGCUACUUUGGGGGCUUACUCUGCGUGUGCUGGAGCCCCGACGGGCGCUAUGUGGUGACGGGCGGUGAAGAUGACCUGGUCACCGUGUGGUCCUUCACCGAGGGCCGCGUGGUGGCCCGCGGCCACGGCCACAAGUCUUGGGUCAAUGCCGUGGCCUUCGACCCCUACACCACAAGGGCCGAGGAGGCGGCGGCAGCCAGUGGUGAUGCGGAACGGAGUGUCGAGGAGGAGGAGGAGCCCGAGGUGGCCGGCCCGGGCUCGAAUGGGGGAGACCCGCUCUCCCCGAUGCCCAAGGCCGGCUCCAUCACUUACCGCUUCGGCUCGGCCGGCCAGGACACGCAGUUUUGCCUGUGGGACCUCACCGAAGACGUGCUCUACCCACACCCACCCCUGGCCCGCACCCGCACGCUCCCCGGCACGCCUAGCACCACACCGCCUGCUGCCAGCAGCUCUCGGGGUGGCGAGCCCGGCCCCGGGUCCCUGCCCCGCUCACUGUCCCGCUCCAACAGCCUCCCGCACCCGGCGGGCAGUGGCAAGGCGGGUGGCCCGGGCACGGUGACGGAGCCGGGCACUCCGUUUAGCAUCGGCCGCUUUGCCACGCUCACGCUGCAGGAACGGAGGGACCGGGGGGCGGAGAAGGAGCACAAGCGCUACCACAGCCUGGGCAACAUCAGCCGGGGGGGUGGCGGGGGUGGCAGCAGCGGGGACAAGCCCAGUGGCCCUGUUCCCCACAGCCGUCUGGACCCAGCCAAGGUGCUGGGCACGGCGUUGUGCCCACGCAUCCACGAGGUGCCCCUGCUCGAGCCCCUGGUGUGCAAGAAGAUCGCCCAGGAGCGGCUGACGGUCCUCCUGUUCCUGGAGGACUGCAUCAUCACCGCCUGCCAGGAGGGCCUCAUCUGCACCUGGGCCCGGCCGGGCAAGGCGUUCACAGACGAGCCCGAGGCCCAGACAGGGGAAGGAAGUUGGCCCAGGUCACCCAGCAAGUCAGUGGUAGAGGGCAUCUCCUCCCAACCAGGCAACUCCCCGAGCGGCACAGUGGUGUGAAGCCCUGGAUGCUGGGUUCCCUGCCCCGCCUCGCCUCCCAGCCAUCACCCUUCCGCUGACCUCACGGAUCAACCUGUUAACAAGACUAACCAUGAUGGAUGGACUGCUCUGGUCCCCCGCCCUGCACAAUCUGGGGGGCAGAGAGUCCCCCCGGACUGGCCUCGACCCUGGGGGGAUGGAGUGGCUCCUGUGGCCUCAGCCUUGUCCCCUCCCACUGCCAAGUACAACGACCCCUUCCUUCCGCUGGAACAUCAGUGUUAGCCUCAUCCCUGUCCCCAGCAUGUGACUGGUCAUGGGCGGGGGAGGGAGGAGCUCCCCACCCACAAGAGCCCAGCUCCGCAGUGUGCCCCUCAGUCUGCGGACCCAAACCCCACCUCCCCUGCUGGUGUUCGUGCUUUUGAAAAGUGUUAAGUUAUGGAAGCCCCUUGGGGCCCUUCCUGUCCCCAGCACCUCUUAUUUAUACUAAAGUUCCCUGUUUUCACAGCG